GAGAAAAAAGAGCACAGCAGCACCCUAACCGCUGCCAUAUUUUUCAAAAAUCUGAAAGUCUCUUCAGAUUCUACUUCCAAGUUUCUAAUCUCUUACUAAGUGAAGUCUUAUAUUUAGCUUUCGCCAUUAAAGAAACUAACAAGCAUUAAUACACCAUUCUUAUACUCAAACCCCUUUAAACCCUACUUCUCAUUCCCUUAACCAAAAUGUUCUCUCCGGGAACAAAGAGAUCGAAUUUCAGUGCUCGUAAGAGUGGCCGUGAAAAACCUACUACUGGUUCACCGGUGACGCCGUUCACCGAGAAUAGAAAGCCGCUUGAUGAUAAUUCUCCUAUACCUAAUCGCCCUAAUACUGGUACUCCUGCUCCCUGGGCUUCCCGUCUUUCUGUUCUCGCCAGAAUCCCACCUGCAAAGAAGAGUGAUAAAGGAGAAGAGACUGAUCCAAUUCAACCUGUCUAUGUCGGAGAGUUUCCACAAGCCCUACGCGAUGAACAGGACGUUUUGCUUCAGAAAUAUGCUCCUGGUAAUGCGUCCAUCUCUGGCGGAAUGGAUAAGGAAACUUCCUUGGCGUGGGUUAUAUGUGGCAACAAACUCUUUGUUUGGAGUUACUUAUCACCUGCAGCUUCUAGGAACUGCAUUGUUCUUGAUCUUCCUUCGAUGAUGUCUGAAAAUGAAGAUACUGGAAAAUUUUCUAAUGAUUGGUUUGUUUGUCUCAUCAAUUGGGCUAGGAAUACCAAUAAAGUUUCCCCACAGUGCAGUUCUGCUGGUAUUGUUGCCUGUAAUCGGAGAACUCGAAAUCUCGUAUACUGGCCAGAUAUCUACUCUGCAACUCGGAAUGAACCAGUAGUAAGUUUUCCCGAGGAGUCUGAGGUGAGUUGUUCUUCUGAUGUGAAGGGCACCCCAACCAAGUUGCGGCAGCAGAAUAAACCUGGGAGCAGCGUUACUCGUUCAAAUUCUCUCAACUGUUUGAUUGCUUGUGCCGUCCCUGAGGCUCAUCACAAUCAUGCCUCUGUUGCUCUUGCUUGUAGUUCUAAUGGCGAACUUUGGCAAUUUGUCUGCAGCCCCAGUGGUAUUCAGCGCAGAAAGAUGUAUGAGGACAUGUUAAGUAAGAACUCUCAAGGAAAUGAUGGUGGGCAGUUCUUUGGAGGCAGGGGUUACCCUAGAUCACUGGUUUGGCAGUCUCGUUCCCAUUCUUUGGACAAGUCCAACAGGCAGUUUCUUUUAUUGACAGAUCAUGAAAUACAAUGUUUUGCUAUUGAACUUUCUCCCUCUUUCAAUGUUUCUAAGAUCUGGACUCAUGAAAUCGUUGGCACUGAUGGUGAUCUGGGUAUCCAGAAGGAUCUGGCAGGGCAGAAGCGUAUUUGGCCUCUGGAUUUGCAGAUUGAUAAUGAUGGCAAGGUUAUUACUAUUCUCAUUGCAAUUUUUUGCAAGGAUCGGAUCACCAGUUCAAGCUACACUGAGUAUUCACUUCUAACCAUGCAAUAUAAAUCUGGAGUGAAUGUCUCCUCAGAAUGUGUGCAGCCACAUGAAAGGAUUUUAGAGAAAAAGGCUCCUAUCCAAGUGAUAAUUCCUAAAGCUAGACUUGAGGAUGAACAGUUUUUAUUCUCUAUGAGAUUGAAGGUUGGGGGUAAGCCAGCUGGUUCAGUGAUCAUACUUUCUGGUGAUGGCACUGCAACUGUCUCACAUUACUGGAGAAAUUCUACCCGUCUUUAUCAAUUUGAUCUUCCAUAUGAUGCUGGAAGGGUUCUUGAUGCAUCAGUUUUCCCUUCCGAUGAUGGUGAGGAUGGCGCUUGGGCUGUUCUAACUGAAAAAGCUGGAGUUUGGGCUAUACCUGAGAGGGCAGUUUUACUUGGUGGAGUUGAACCACCGGAGAGAAGUUUGUCACGUAAAGGAAGCUCUAAAGAGAGGUCCUCUCUGGAAGAGAGGAAAAAUUUAUCUUUUGCAGGUAAUAUUGCUCCAAGAAGGGCGACUUCAGAAGCAUGGGAUGCUGGAGAUAAACAAAGGCCUGGUCUAACUGGAAUUGCACGUCGAAAUGCUCAAGAUGAAGAAUCUGAAGCUUUACUAAAUCAGCUUUUCCAUGAGUUUCUUUUAUCUGGGCAUGCGGAUGGUGCUUUCGAUAAACUGAAGACGUCAGGGGCAUUUGAAAGAGAGGGUGAAACAAAUGUUUUUGCAAGGACAAGCAAAUCAAUUGUGGAUACCCUUGCAAAACAUUGGACAACCACCAGAGGUGCUGAGAUUGUGACUUCGUCUGUCGUGUCCUCGCAACUUUUGGAGAAGCAGCAGAAGCAUAAAAGAUUCCUUCAAUUCCUGGCUUUAUCCAAGUGCCAUGAAGAACUAUGUUCUAGACAGAGGCAUGCUUUGCAUAUUAUCAUGGAACAUGGUGAAAAACUUGCUGGCAUGAUCCAAUUGAGAGAGUUGCAGAACGUGCUCAAUCAGAACCGUGCCUCAGGAGCUGGCUCUUAUUCAACUACUGAGAUGUCGGUUUCUGGUUCCCUGUGGGAUGUCAUCCAAAUGGUAGGCGAAAGAGCUCGCCGAAGAACAGUUCUUUUGAUGGAUAGGGAUAAUGCUGAAGUUUUCUACAGUAAGGUCUCAGACCUUGACGAAUUUUUUUAUUGCUUAGAGAGAGACCUUGAUUACAUUAUCAGUGAAAAGAUGACAGUUUCUGUUCUAUUCCAAAGAGCAUGUGAACUCUCCAGUGCCUGUGUGACUUUGCUUCGCACAGCCAUGACUUGCAGAAAUGAAAAUCACCUCUGGUAUCCUCCGUCUGAGGGAUUGACUCCAUGGACUUGUCAAGAAAAGGUGCGGAAUGGGCUCUGGAGCCUUGCAUAUUUUAUGCUUCAACUGGUGAAGGAAAAUAAUUCCCUGGAUGAUACCGUAAAAUUAGAUUUUCAUGCACACCUUGAAGUUCUAUCUGAUGUACUAUUGGAAGCAUAUUCUGGUGCUAUCUGUGUGAAAGUUGAGCGUGGAGAAGGACACAAAAGUCUGUUAGAUGAGUACUGUAAUAGAAGAGAUGAACUCUUGGAAUGUCUUUACCAGCAAGUGAAAGAUUUAGUUGAAGGCAAACUGCAGGAUUUAGGUGAAGCAGCUGAGGAGCAAAAGCUAGAGAUUUUUGGAAAGCUUUCCUCAGCCUUGUUGUCUCUUGCAAAAAGACAUGAAGGUUACAAAACUCUAUGGAGUAUAUGCUGUGAUAUCAAUAAUACUGACCUACUUAAAAAUCUUAUGCAUGACAGCAUGGGACCUAAACGAGGCUUUAGUUACUUUGUGUUUCAACAACUGUAUGACAACAGACAGUUCUCUAAGCUUAUGAGACUUGGGGAGGAAUUUCAGGAAGACCUAGCAAUAUUUUUGAAACAGCAUCAGGAUCUCCUUUGGCUUCAUGAAAUAUUCCUUCAUCAAUUUUCUGAAGCUUCUGAAACUCUACAUCUUUUGUCUCUUUCACCAAAUGAUAGCUCCGCUAUGGAUACUGAAACCAACUCAUUUGGCACCACCAUAAAAACAAGUUUGGUGGAAAGAAGGAGGCUUCUGAAUCUCUCGAAAGUAGCUGCAUUGGCAGGAAGAAGUGCUAAUUUUGAAUCAAAGGUGAAGCGCAUAGAGGCUGAUUUAAAGAUUCUGAACUUGCAGGAAGAAAUAAUGAAACUCCUUCCGGACGAUGAAAGGCAAAAUAUUAGCCAGCAGCUUCUUCCUCCGGUGGACCUUAUUGAAUUGUGCCUUAAAACUCAGGAUAGGGAGCUUUCGUUGAGAGUUUUUGACAUUUUUGCAUGGACCAGCUCCUCUUUUAUCAAGUCUAAUGCAAGCCUCUUGGAGGACUGCUGGAGAAAUGCCUCCAAUCAGGACGACUGGGAGAGGCUGUAUCAAGCAUCAGUAGAUGAGGGAUGGGGUGAUGAGGAGACUUUGAGCAUUUUAAAAGACACCAUUCUUUUCCAGGCUUCCAGCAGGUGCUAUGGCCUCAAAGCUGAAACUUUUGAGGGCAAUUUCCAGGAAGUGCUGCCACUGAGGCUAGAAAAUUCCGAGCAAGUGACUUUAAAGAACAUGGAAUCCUCUGUGGAAACAAUACUGAUGCAGCACAAGGAUUAUCCUGAUGCCGGCAAGUUAAUGCUCACAUCAGUUAUGCUAGGAAGUGUUCAUUCCGAUACCAUUAGUAUUGUGGAAGAGGAGGGACCUACCCCAAUGGAGUAAUUGUCCUAGCAUUUGAAUGACUGGGACAUUUGAGCUAACCCUGCAUAAUUGCAGUGUUUCUUUUGCCGCUUGAGCAUGAGCAUGAGCAGCUUGAUCUGCAGUUCUUUAACACCGAUGGAUGAAAUUGUAUAUGGCAAUCGUGUUUCUUUAUCAGUGCUCGUUGAAGUUGAAUCAAUGCAGGGUGAGUGCUUGGAGGUGUCAAACAAAGUUUGUUUAGAAUGAUUGAUGAGCAGUGCCGGAACAUUGGGCUCUUUUAAGAGUUCUAAGUCACCAAGCAGGGGAGAUUUUGCCUUGUAAAUUUAGCUAAAAUGUACUUUAUGAUUUUCUUUUAAAAAAACUUUUGCCUACUUUCCUAGGAGGUCUGUUUUGCUGUCAUUCAGACAUACUGCGUGUUUAUCACAAAUCCAAGGUAUUUUGGCUUGAUGA